AUGGGAGCUGGCUCCUACGUACGUUACAGCUCACACUCCUCCUACGUUUCAACGGCUCACGUGACUGCUACGUUCACGUAUCUACGAGUCGUAGUACGUACGGUUGGGAACGCUGGUACUACCGCUAUCCUCAAUGGAUGCUUGUUUUAUUCUGCGAGAGAGGAGUCUAUGCUUAAAGAAGAGCCGUUCGGUCUUAUGAGUUAUGCUGGCAUCCUGUACAAGAGCGAUAUCAAUUUGGCUCUGAUGAAUGAGAUAGUUAGUGCUGUCCAUGAUCCUGGUAGAGCAAGAGAAACAGGGAAGAAAAUGUACAACAUGGACGAGGUCACAUGGUUCUAUGACAAAUUAGUUGGUCGAAUUACCUUCAGAGGCCAGCUUGCGAUGCAGAAGCUUAACGCGAACAUUUUCGGUAUCGGUAAGCGGAACACCUGCAAAGGUAGCGAGCCUAGUCGCCCACCUAUCCCUUUGAUAUACUACGUAACAUUAAAGAAACGUUUGAAAACCUCUGCCCCGCCUACUUUGAAUGCUCCCUAUCAGCGAAGUGUCCAUGCUGUUGUCGCAUCACCCAAUCCUUCAUACAAACGCAACAGCCACCCCAUUGCCGCUAUAGUGUGUAGCCAGAACCUGAGCCGACAAUCCCAUUGCCGCCGUCAGCUCAGCAAAAUCCAUGAACGCAAAGUGAAGAGGAGAGAGGCGCUGGGCCAGGCCUUUGGAGGGGUGCCCAAUAGAUCCAAAAGCGCACGCCAAACCUUCCUACCCCGGGCUUGGCACGGGGUAUAUAGGCUCUUCGGCCUCCAUACCUCUGCCUCUGACCCUAAGGUUUACUCUCUCGUUACACCCCCUAUCCUGCAUUCCCUCUCUGUGCCUCGUGCUUCCUGCUCGAUACCUCUCACAAUAAUUUACUUUAAUACCUCCGAGGAGCUGCAGCCACAAACGCAGACGCGUGCUGUGGUGUUUCCAGAACCCUCUCACUCGCUAUAUAGUUGCAUUCUCGAAGCCAUUUUAUCGCACGGAUCUACUCUAGAUCUAGCCGUACUUCUUAAUCAAGUAUGGCCCUCACAUUACAGUACAGUUUCUCGCCACAUCGGACUUUCUCCUCCCCACAUCCCGGCUCGGUUUCUAGACAAUUUGGGCUUCUCCCUUUGUUUCAACCACACCGACUUUCACUCCGUAUUGACGCUCAUGCUCCCCUUCCUUCUACCACCACCAUAUAGCACCGCACCAUACUUUACAAACACAAAAUAUGUGAUUCAUUUAGGCAAGCACAGUGUUUUGUAA